UGUGAGCAUAGGACCCAAAUCAUUCCAGAAGGAAACCGAAGAGGUCGGACUUUUGGGGUUUUGAGGGAUCAGUGUUCACUCUCUGUUUCCAUUUCCUGUGAAAUUCUUCUUCUGCAACUGUGAAUCUGGUACCCUUUUUUUCUUUUAUUAAUUUUUUGUUUUUCCCUUUAGAUCUGAACAAUGGGGAGGAUGGAUUAUUUGGCCAUGAAAACUGAUCCGACGACGAGUGAGCUGAUCAAUUCCGAUCUGAAGGAGCUAGGCAAUGCCGCGAAGAAGCUUGCCACUCAUGCAGUCAAGUUGGGAGGCCUAGGUUUUGGAACUACCUUUCUUAAAUGGGUGGCUUCCUUUGCUGCAAUUUACCUGUUGGUUUUGGACCGAACAAACUGGAGGACGAACAUGCUGACUUCACUUUUAAUUCCUUAUAUUUUCUUCAGUCUUCCUUCAGUAUUGUUCAACUUGUUAAGUGGGGAGGUUGGAAAAUGGAUUGCCUUUAUUGCAGUUGUAUUACGGCUUUUCUUCCCACGACGCUUUCCAGGUGUGGGAGGUGUUUCCAGAAAUGAUAAUGGCCUCUUCAUCCGUGGCUUUGCUGAACAUGUGGGUUUUAAUCAUGCUUAUGUAGCAGAAGCCUUAGCAGUUCGUCUUGACUGGCUGGAGAUGCCUGGAUCAUUGAUUCUUCUCCUGGUUGUGGCUCCAAGCUUUUUCGCAGACACCCUGAGGAGCAGUUGGGUCGGCAUCGUAAUUUGUCUUGGCAUUGGGUGUUAUCUAUUACAAGAGCACAUCCGUGCAUCCGGUGGGUUCAGGAAUUCCUUCACACGGACUCAUGGUAUCUCAAACACAUUGGGGAUUAUCAUUUUGUUGGUUUACCCUGUCUGGGCCUUGGUACUCCACUUCAUCUAGUCCCUCUGGAAUGCAGCUAUGGGAUUUCCUGUGGUUUGCAGUGUAAGCAGACAAAUCAUUUGUGUCAUUUGUCUUAUUUAUCCCUACAAAUAUUAUUAGAUUCUGGUUUUCAAUUUGAGCAAAACUAUCCAUUGUAUCAUUUGUUAAAACCUGCAUUGUUAUUUGGACUUCUAUUGUGAAAUGUGUUAAAAGAAAA